AGAUUUACUUACCCAGUCUGCCCAUGUUAAAUUCUAUUGUCUACUUUCUGUCUGAAAUCUGAAAAUGAAGAGUUUUUCUUCACCAUAAAAUAAAUUAUAGGUUCUGCUUCCUGCAAAUCUGUCAUAAAAGUGACAGCAAUAACAUGUGGCCUUAACACCUGUCCGAAAAAUCUAAACCCAUAAAACAUCAACCAAGUCUCCUUUACCACGAAUACCGUGCACCUUUUGCUACUCUUUUUUAAGAAAUAUCUCUGGACCGAAAAACCAUAAAAAGCCAUACCUACUCACUUACUGGCUUUGGUCAUGUUGAAGAAUUCCAUGCUACUUUCGUGAUAAAAAAAUCAACAUCAAGUGAUCAAACCCUUUUUCUUGUCUUUUAAGCUUAGUAGUGUCUUUGCUCUGUUUCUUUUCUCAGGCAAGACUCAAGGAAGGUUGGCUCUUUUUCUGGUCUUUUAUACAAGGUUUAAUGUCCUAAGAUUUCGUCUGUGUUCCAUAGUGUUAUGCAAUGUUUUGCAGGUUGCACUAGGUUUUUGCUAGAUUUCUAGCAUCAGUCACAAUGUUUAGUAGAUGGAGCCAUUCUCAUCAUAGCCAAGAGACUGAUUCAUUGCAGCAUGAAUCCAAGGUUAAGGAGCUUAGAGCAGCAGUCAGACCACUAUCCGACCGCGGUUUGAAAUAUUGCACCGAUGCCUGCUUGAUGAGAUACUUGGAGGCACGAAACUGGAAUGUCGACAAAUCGAAGAAAAUGCUGGAAGAGACACUCAAAUGGAGAUCAACCUAUAAGCCUGAGGAAAUACGUUGGCAUGAAAUUGCAAUAGAAGGCGAGACUGGAAAAGUAUACCGAGCAAAUUUUCACGACCGAGACGGUAGGACUGUUCUUAUAUUGCGACCGGGAAAACAGAACACUACAUCCUUAGACAACCAGCUCCGUCAUUUGGUGUAUAUGAUUGAGAAUGCUAUAUUAAACCUUCCAGAGGAUCAAGAACAGAUGGUAUGGUUGAUAGAUUUCACCGGCUGGAGCUUGAGCACGAGUGUUCCAAUCAAGUCCGCUCGCGACACCAUUAACGUGUUACAAAACCACUAUCCCGAAAGGUUGGCGACGGCGGUUCUAUACAACCCGCCAAGAAUUUUCGAAGCAUUUUGGAAGAUUGUUAAAUAUUUCCUCGAUGCCAAAACCUUCCAAAAGGUGAAAUUUGUGUACCCUAAAAACAAAGAAAGUGUGGAGCUAAUGAGAUCCUAUUUUGAUGAAGAAAAUCUCCCAACAGAUUUUGGAGGAAAAGCCAUAUUGGAAUAUAACCAUGAAGAAUUCUCAAAGCAAAUGGUCCAAGAUGAUAUUAAAACCGCCACAUUGUGGGGAUUUGAUAAUAAACUUCAAUCUACCGGUACGGAUCAGUCUGGACCCCAGAUAACACCCGAGCCGAUCUGUCUCGCACCGGCAGCUAGUUGACCCAACCGCCCUUGGCUUAUUAUGUAACAAAUAUAUAUAGCCUUUUAAGGGACAUGAGGUAUAAAAUUUCAGCUUUGGUUUUUACUAAAAAAAUUAUUUUGUGGGUUAUAAUAUGUUAUUAAGUUUUGUACUUUUUCGUAAAUUUAGAAUUUAAUUUUGUACUUUUAUUUUUAUGAAAUUAAUCUUUUAUUUUUAAGAUUUCAAAA